AUGAUUCAUCGGAUUCGUGAGCGCAAGGCCUCAGAGUUAGCACUUGAACUCCAUGUACAAAUGAAAGUGCAGGUGGACAGUCAAACGACAAUGAGUCAGCUGAUCGAGUUGGAUCUAGCUCGUCGAAACGCCCAACAAGCUGCCAGUGCUCUACGCGAAACUGCCCGCUGGUCUGAAUUGGCGCGCGAAAUGGACGAAGUGCUGGAAGCGAAAGAUCUGAAUCAACUUUGUGCAAAUAUUGAGGGCAUGGAAAGUUGUUUGACUGCUCUUUCACAUCUGCCUGAUUACAAAGAACGUCAGGCAUUGAUUGAAACGCAUAAGAAUAGUUUGGAAAGUCUCCUUGCCCCUCAGCUGAUGCAAGCGUUCAACCAGUUGCAGGCGGGAACUUCUGAUUUCGUACUCUGCACACAGGAAGUCCGAAAUCUGAUCGAUUUGUUCCAUCGCGUUGGUCGCUCUGAAGCGGCCCGAAAUUAUUUCACUAGCUGCCUGAAGGUACGUUUCGCAAUUGUUCUUCUCUCCUUCUUUGUCAUGUACAAAAUUUUUCUUUACUGA